AUGGCCAGCCCCGAAGAGCCGCUCGCUCCCCGCCCCCAGGCCCCCCUGCCAGCGGCCGGGGACAAUCCCGGCUCCGGCCCCGGCAAACUCCGCCCGGAGCCCCGGCGCAGCCCGGCCGGCGGGGGGAGCGCGGCGGGCCCGGGGCCGGCCCCCGAGCGGCCUGGCCGUGGCCGGACCGAGCGCGCCGCGCCCCCGCGCCCACCCCCGAGCGCAGACCGCGCCAGCCCCGCGGGGGGCCUGGGCGCCCAGACUGCGCGCGGCGGAGGCUGGGUCCCGGCCCGCGCUCCCUUCGCGCUCGCCUUCUCCUCUGUCCCCUCCCCCUUUCCAUCUUCCUUUUACUUCUGGCCGCCGCCCCCGCUGCCCCCUCCUUCUCUCGUCCCCUCCUCAUCUGCCUUUCACCUCCCCGUGCGGCUCCCAGGAAGGGAGGGCGCAGCGGCCGCGGCGGCUGGAGGAGGCGGCGGCGAUGUUGGCGGUGGCGGCGGAGGAGGACAAGAGGCAGCUCCCUUGAGCGUCCCCCCAAGCAGUAGUCCCCGCGGCGGCGGUGGCAGCGGCGGCGGGCGGUGGCGGCUCUUCCUCUCCCCUGUGCUGCUGGGUUUGCUGUUCCCAGCCCGCGCCGGGCCCCGGCUCCCGCCGCCGCCCCGGCUCCCGCUCGGCCCGGCCGCCCGCCGCGCGGGCUCCCCCGGCUUCCCGGGCGCCGGCGGGGACUGCCCCGGCCCCGGCCCCGGCCCCAGAGCAGGCGGCGGCCGCCAGACCCCGCGGCGGCCCCGAGGCGCCGGCUUCGCCCUCGCCGCCGCGGCCCCGCUGCUCUUCGGCUCCGACAUGGAAGAUGGACCUUCUAAUAAUGCGAGCUGCUUCCGAAGGUUGACGGAGUGUUUCCUGAGCCCCAGUUUGACAGAUGAAAAAGUGAAGGCAUAUCUUUCUCUUCACCCCCAGGUAUUAGAUGAAUUUGUAUCUGAAAGUGUUAGUGCAGAGACGGUAGAAAAAUGGCUGAAGAGGAAGAACAACAAGCCAGAAGAUGAGUCGGCUCCUAAGGAAGUCAGCAGGUACCAAGACACGAAUAUGCAGGGAGUGGUGUAUGAGCUGAACAGCUACAUAGAGCAGCGGCUGGACACCGGCGGGGACAACCAGCUGCUGCUGUACGAGCUGAGCAGCAUCAUCAAAACAGCCACAAAAGCGGAUGGAUUUGCACUGUAUUUCCUUGGCGAGUGCAAUAAUAGCCUGUGCGUGUUCACGCCACCUGGAGUGAAGGAGGGAAAGCCCCGGCUCAUCCCCGCGGGGCCCAUCGCCCAGGGCACCACCACCUCCGCUUACGUGGCCAAGUCCCGGAAGACGCUGCUCGUGGAGGACAUCCUCGGGGAUGAACGAUUUCCGAGAGGUACGGGACUAGAGUCGGGGACGCGGAUCCAGUCGGUGCUCUGUCUGCCCAUCGUCACUGCCAUCGGAGACCUGGUGGGCAUCCUGGAGCUGUACCGGCACUGGGGCCAGGAGGCCUUCUGCCUGCGCCACCAGGAGGUGGCCACAGCAAACCUAGCCUGGGCUUCCGUCGCAAUCCACCAGGUGCAGGUGUGCAGAGGCCUUGCCAAGCAGACUGAACUGAAUGACUUUCUACUUGACGUGUCCAAAACGUAUUUUGAUAACAUAGUCGCAAUAGAUUCUCUACUUGAGCACAUAAUGAUAUACGCAAAGAACCUGGUGAACGCAGACCGCUGCGCACUCUUCCAGGUGGACCACAAGAACCAGGAGCUGUAUUCAGACCUUUUUGAUAUUGGAGAGGAAAAGGAGGGAAAGCCCAUCUUCAAAAAGACCAAAGAAAUCAGGUUCUCCAUUGAGAAAGGAAUCGCUGGCCAGGUGGCGAGGACGGGGGAGGUCCUGAACAUCCCCGACGCCUACGCAGACCCGCGCUUCAACAGAGAGGUGGACUUGUACACAGGCUACACCACCCGCAACAUCCUGUGCAUGCCCAUUGUGAGCCGAGGCAGCGUGAUCGGCGUGGUGCAGAUGGUGAACAAGGUCAGCGGAAGUGCCUUCUCCAAGACGGACGAGAACAACUUCAAAAUGUUUGCCGUCUUCUGUGCUCUGGCCUUGCACUGUGCCAACAUGUACCACAGGAUCCGUCACUCGGAGUGCAUCUACCGCGUGACCAUGGAGAAGCUGUCCUACCACAGCAUCUGCACGGCCGAGGAGUGGCAGGGCCUCAUGCGCUUCACGCUGCCGCUGCGCCUCUGCAAGGAGAUCGAGCUAUUCCACUUUGACAUCGGUCCUUUUGAAAACAUGUGGCCUGGAAUUUUUGUCUAUAUGAUCCACCGUUCCUGUGGGACAUCCUGCUUCGAACUUGAAAAGCUGUGUCGUUUCAUUAUGUCUGUGAAGAAGAACUACCGGCGGGUCCCGUACCACAACUGGAAGCACGCGGUCACCGUGGCUCACUGCAUGUACGCCAUCCUGCAGAACAACCGCGAGCUCUUCACCGACCUGGAGCGCAAAGGACUGCUGAUCGCGUGUCUGUGUCAUGACCUGGACCACAGGGGCUUCAGCAACAGCUACCUGCAGAAAUUCGACCACCCGCUGGCCGCCCUCUACUCCACGUCCACCAUGGAGCAGCACCACUUCUCCCAGACGGUGUCCAUACUGCAGUUGGAAGGACACAAUAUCUUCUCCACCCUGAACUCCAGCGAGUACGAGCAGGUGCUCGAGAUCAUCCGCAAAGCCAUCAUCGCCACGGACCUCGCUCUGUACUUUGGAAACAGGAAGCAGUUGGAAGAGAUGUACCAGACCGGCUCGCUGAACCUUAACAAUCAAUCCCAUAGGGACCGCGUCAUUGGCUUGAUGAUGACGGCCUGCGACCUCUGCUCUGUGACAAAACUGUGGCCAGUUACAAAAUUGACAGCAAAUGAUAUAUAUGCAGAAUUUUGGGCUGAGGGCGACGAGAUGAAGAAGCUAGGAAUACAGCCCAUUCCCAUGAUGGACAGGGACAAGAGGGAUGAAGUCCCGCAAGGCCAGCUUGGAUUCUACAAUGCGGUGGCCAUCCCCUGCUACACCACCCUCACCCAGAUCUUCCCGCCCACGGAGCCGCUCCUCAGAGCCUGCAGGAACAACCUCAGCCAGUGGGAGAAGGUGAUCCGCGGGGAGGAGAGCGCAGUGUGGAUCUCCUCCCAGGCGGUGGCCCCAGGGACCUCGGAGAAGCUGCCCGUGAAGAUCGACGACUGA